AUGGCGCCCCCUGGCUGUUGGCUGAGAGUACGAGCAGCAGCCUGUGACAGGAAGGGUUCUCCUGGACGUCGCUUGCUUUUGGUCCAGAAGCACUCGUCCAGCCUGUUGUGGAGUUUAUUUUGGAGGAAAGCAAAACCACAGCAGGGUAACACGGGAAGUUGUAAUAUUUUCGUGGAACCUUAUUGGCUGGAGCAGUCAAAGACAUCCUGUAAUAAGUGGUGCGAAAAUGCGCUCGUUUUUACCUGCAGUGGCCGAACAACUAUUCCAAGACAUACAGAAAGCAUACCAGGAGGCUUCUCAAAGCUGAAGUUUGUCUUCGGGUCUUGUGCAUUACAGGCUUUGGAUUUGGUUGACCAGCACUCAGUCACCUGUUUGACAGCUCCCAGUGGACGCAAGGCCUUUCAGGUAACAGGAGGCUCGGGACGUUUGUACACUUGCUUCUUGUCCUGCCACUACUGCCCAUGUCCAGCCUUUGCCUACAGUGUGCUACGUAGAAAUGACGGCCUGGUGUGCAAACAUAUCCUGGCUGUGUACCUGAGUCAGGCUAUGGCUGCGACUCAGCAGGAAAGCGUAUCUGAUCAGCAGAUGUCCCUGCUGCUCAGUGGGACGAUGGACCCGUGACUGCAGGUAGAUCGACACACCAGGCCCUGCAGAGGCAUGUGCCGGAGCACCAAGAAUCCUGGAUAGAAGCCAGUGUAGUGACAUUCAUGACACAGCAGGGAACGCUGUUAUGUCUCUCUGAAAGACCACAGAUGUUGUUCUAUUCAUCUUUUCUUUUGGAAGAGUUCUUAAUCUGUUUUCAAGGAAAUAACAUCUGUUUGCUGAAUAUGGACUGCUCUAUAUUUGGUCUCCUUUUAUCUGAAACUGUCAGUUCAUGAGGCAGCAUCUUCAUACUGAAAGCACUUAAGAAGCUUUCCAGUGUGGGAAAUUUAGACUGUCACAUGGUUUGCAAUUUUAACCUCGGGGGUAAAAAGCUGGCAUUUAACAAUAUAAACAUUGCCUUUAUUAACAAAAUAGUUCACCAUACAUACAGCUUUUAUCAUGUUAAAUAGCAAUAUCAGUUAGCAGUUUUGUUGGAGAAACCAAAGAAUGGCCUCUGGAAAACUUGAACAUCAGCUUGACCACAGAGGAAGUUUUUCCUGAUUAGUAGCAACUCUGACAGACAGGUACUUCGAAAUGAAAGGCAGGAAUGUUGAAUUCAGUCAACUUAUUUCGACUUACUGUUGAACUUGAAAAAGAAGGCAAUAGUUUGACAUCGAUAGCUGGCUGAGAAAAGCUGAACACCUACAGUACUUUUUUUUUUUUUUUUUUUUUUUUAACACACAUCAGUCAACAUAGACAGUAAUACAACGUUACAGUGCAUUUACAGU